AUGGACGUAUUCUACGCCUACACUUACUCAACAGCGGGCUGGCUCUCCCUCCAGAGCGUCGCCCUAAUCGCCGUGCCCGAAAUGAUGACCACAAUGCUGGAACAAGAAAGCAGACAGCCAUCCUCAAUUGAAACCUACCUCUCUCGCUGCCUGGGCAUGAGCCUCCUCACAAUCGCCAUCCUAACCGUCAUGCUGACCGGCUCCAUCCCUCUCACGGCGUCCAUCACCGACCCCGUCACAACCGACGACUCUGAUCCCAAGGCGCCCUACGCGGUUCCGACGAUGCAAGUGACCACUAUCUUCCACUUUAUUUCGGCCGGGUAUGCGUACGCCUGGUUCGCGGACAAGGGCCAAUUGGCGUUUGGGGUCGGGAUGGUGGUGUCCGGGGCGCUUGCUUCGUUGGGAAUCUGGUGUGCGCUUUUCGCCAGCAGUAAUGGGAAGAUUAGUCGGAAGACCGGGGCGGAUAAGAGGACCACGGGGUUUCCCUUCAAGAAUAGGGAGGCGGAGAAGAAGCAUGGGAAGGGGUUGUAA